GCAAUCAUCAUGGUCAAUAGGCGUCACUCGGGCUAAGGAAGGGUUUAGGUGUUGGAACAAGGAAGGACUAUUAUUGCGGCUGUCUUUCACCUAGCCACCAAAAUCACGAAGAAUCUCGCAACACAACAAUGGCGACCAUGACUUUGGAGAAGACCCAGGAAGAGCUACGUAAGGAACUUGAGGCUUUACAGCGGCAACAACGCGAGUUGACAGAGCGUAUUAGGGAUCCAAGAGGACUUCGUCGCGGAGGUUUUUCUAGUAAUAAUCCAAGAAAUUUUAAUCCUCCUCUCCAACGUGAACGUGCUUUUACUAGACCUAUUGUUGAUAGGAACAAUUCUAAGGAUGAACCUCCUCCUAAGCGUCGAUUGUGCUCCGCUGUUGUCAAGGUGGAUGACAGUGUUAUGGUUGAAGGAGAUAAUUUAGGUAGUGAAGUGCAAAGUCAUGCUUCUGCUGCUGUUUCCAUUUCUAUGAGUAGGAAUGAUCAGAAGCCUUCCUUUUCGCAACAAAAGAAUGGUGCUUUACAAACAGAAAAUGGAUUUGAUCAUCAGGUGAAGGAGGUUCCUAGAGUUUUGCCCAAAGAUGAGGAUCCAAGAUUGGUUAAUAGGAAUAGGAGGAUGUUGGGUCAACUUUUGGGAACCCUUGAGAAAUUUAAAAAAGAAGACAUGCAACUAUCAGGGUCAGAUGCAUACAUGCGAAGAUCAUCUUCCUUGCAAAGAGCUGAGCAAAAAGCACGUGAAGAAAGCGAGAGGCUGCGGCAGCAAGAGCGCGAGCGAAUUGCUGAAAACAAGAAACGUGAUUUGAUGCUCAGGGCUCGAGUAGCUGCUAAGGCUGAAGAGAAGAAGCUAGAACUGCUGUUUCUUGAAUGGAUCGAGCACCAUAAAAGGCUUACGAACUUUUUAAGGACAAAGACAGAACCGCCCAUUUAUUUCAUGCCUGCCAAGCCAUUGGAAGAGGAUCCUGAAUUACAUGAGCAGAAGAAAGAACAGGCCUUCUUGGAAUGGAAGGCUGCCAGGAGAGAAGAGCUUUCUGCGUACCAGAAAGAAAUCCAUGAACAAUAUAUUGCUAAUGUUGAAAAGGAUCUUGAAAGGGGGUUAACUGCAAGAAAAUCUAGAAUUGCAAACAAUGAUGCAAACUUGCAGGAAACCAUGGAUAAAGAGUUGGAAACACAUAGGCUGGAACAUGGACCUAAGGCCAGAAAAAUCCCAGAUGCUAACAACGAAGACGAAGAUGAGGUAGAAGAUAUAAAUGUUGGCGAGGAUGAUAUGAUGGAUGAUGUUCUUGGUCUUGAUGAUAACGAGAGAGGUGAUGAACAAACCAAGCGUGACGAUGACGAUGGCAACCCACCAUUGAAUGCUGUGGAGUAGACGCAUUGUUUAAGCUAAAUUUUCCGUUUGGUAUCGUUAGAGUUACCUUUUUCUUUCUCGGCAGUUGGAUCUCCGUGUUAGAUUUUUGUUCUUGCAUUGUAUUUUGUGUACUAGGUGAUUAUUUAAGUAGUAAGUAACCUCAUCAUCUUCUACAAGCUGGUUUUGCUUCAUCUCUAUCUCAAUAGCCUCUAUAUAUGGCUCUUUUCUUUGGACAAUCAACUUGAAAGUGUCGUUAGCCGCGACACUUAAACUACUUCACCAAUGACCAAUCAUUAUGAAUUACGGCUUAGCUUGAAAUUUAGUUCGUAGUAUGGUCUGGUUUAUGGGCGAAUGAACUACUUCCUUUACAGUAAAUCGGUUUCAUCUUCA